CCGCUCCCCGCUAUAAGUACCCCGGUCUCUCCCAGUCUGGCAGAUACCUCUCCCUGUCUGUGGCGCACGAGAUUUGCCGUUAUACCAGCCCACGCCCCUACAGCAGGCCACACUUCUCAUUACCUGUCGUGUUUAUUGAUUUUGUAACCAGUUCAGUGGAUUAAGGUCAGGGGUUAUUACGGUCCAGCAGACCACAGAAAAGUUUUGGAGGACACGAUGCGGGAAGAGGACUCCUCCCCAAUGGACAGUGCGGGGAACAGCGAGGAGGAGACCGACCGUGAGCUGCCGCGGAGAGGCGCGAGGAAGCGGCGGGCGACACGCAGGAGCGCGGACGACGAAGACGAGGAGGGAGACCUGGAGAGUCCGAGCCCCGGGAAGAAGAAAUGCAGGAAGAGCUGCGGCGCAGGAGGCGGCAGCGCAGGGAGCGGCGGCAGCGAAGGCAGCAGCAGCCCCGAGCCCUCCUUCGAUGACCUACAGACACAGCGCGUGAUGGCCAACAUCCGCGAGCGGCAACGGACGCAGUCCCUCAAUGAGGCAUUCACCUCGUUACGUAAGAUCAUUCCCACCCUCCCGUCGGACAAACUCAGUAAGAUCCAGACGCUGAAGCUCGCGGCCCGGUACAUCGACUUCCUGUGCCAGGUUCUGCAGAGCGACGAGCUGGACGCGCGAGGGACCAGCUGCAGCUACGUGGCGCACGAGCGCCUGAGCUACGCGUUCUCGGUCUGGAGGAUGGGGGGCGCGUGGUCCUUGUCUACUACGUCCCACUAGCAGGGCUGCUGCGGAUGGUGCAUCAUGAUUAUCCAGACUGAAGAACCAGUGGAUCAGGCCACAGAUACACUGAAACAGGUCUCACACAGCUGAGGCCGCAGUGCUUCAGGCCUCAGAGGAGAGAGGGCUUUUCAUAUUUCCCGUUGCAUGGACUGUAAUGUUUGCAAGGGAGCACUUAGGACAGGACGGAUAUGAAGAAAUAAAGACCACUGUGACUAUGAAUGUUGUAAAAACAAAAUGAGCUCCAAGGAACUGCUCUGUUUUGAAACAAGAGAGAAACAUGACAAUUCAUUCCACAUUCCCUGUGACAAUUGUUUCACAGCAAGUAUUUUGUAUUUAUUUUUCUACACAGGUUCGAAAUUCCUUUCCCCCACUCAAAUAAAAGUUAUUUAUUUUUGUGAUAUCUCAGAAUGCUGAAUGGAUUUGGAGUCUGCACAUUUGAGUGUUGUAAAUAUUUGGUAAUAUCUUGAAUUAAAAAAAUGAAAGUAUCAUUCUUACCUCUAAACUGUCUGGAUAUUCAUUAUAGACUUAAACUUAAUCUCUAUAACAAGAAUAAUAAAAUAAUAAACUGGUCAUUUUCAGGACCACCAUCUGAA